AUGAGGGUCACCACUUUGGUGGACAAGAGCGAAGAGGCCCUGGACAAGGACAAGAGCGAGGAGGUGCCGGGCUUGGAGCUGCAGCUGCGGGAGGUGGUGGAGCGCCUUCGCAAGGAGUCGGAGAAGAUUUGGCCAAAGAUCAGCGCCUACGAGGCGAGCAUCGCCGAGCUGAGCAACACCAUGUGCGCCACCCAGAAGAAGCUGCACGCGGUGCGGCACACGCCCACGCGGGAGGCCGACGACCUGCGGACGCUGCUCAAGGCGCAGAUCAACGAGGUGAAGCGAAUGAUGGCGCAGUUGGGUCGGCUUCGGGACAUCCAGCGUGUCAACGCACAGGAGAUCGGCAUGGUGGAGCGUGAGCGCGCGAAGCUGUCGCGAUACUGCCAAGUCAGAGAGCUGCUGAAGGAGGGCGACCGGCAGAAGCUAUCGGACAAGAUCCGGUUGUUGCAGGACGACACCGACAAGCCUGGAGCUUGUAGCCGGGUCGGGGCUUGGGAGAGCGAUGCUGACUGGCGCACCUGGGCGGAGCUUUGGGCGUCCUGGGACCCCAACGAGGCGACGCGGGCAGCGCUGCUUGCAGAGAGCCCCGGGUCGCUGCGGAAGCUGCUGGGCGCACGCCUGGAGUUCGGCACCGCGGGGCUCCGGGGGCCUAUGGGGCUGGGCAGCGCUCAGAUGAACGACCUGGUGGUGCUGCAGACCACCCAAGGCGUCUGCGCGUACCUGGAGUCUAGGCUCGGGGAGGCCGCGCCGCGGCGCGUGUGCGUGGGCUUUGACCACCGCGCCGGCGCCGGCUGCACUUCUAGGAGCUUUGCCCUGCAGGUGGCCAAGGUCUUCCUCCAGCGGGGCUUCGACGUGUGGCUCUACCGCGACUUUGUGGCCACGCCUUUGGUGCCGUGGGCCAUGGAGCGCCGGGGCUGCUGCUGCGGGGUGAUGAUCACGGCAUCGCACAACCCCAAGCUGGACAACGGGUACAAGCUCUACUGGAGCAAUUGCGCCCAGAUCAUCCCACCCCACGACGCGAAGGUUGCAGCUCUGAUCGAGGAGAACCUGGAACCCUGGUCUCAGGAGGCUCUGGAGGUGUUGGAGCACCCGCGCUGCAAGGACCCCGUGGGCGAGGGCCUCUUGGAGGACUACUUCCACAGCCUCCGGCGGCUCAAGUCGGCCGCCCCCGGCAAGGAUUUGCCCGUGGUGUACACGGCCAUGCACGGCGUGGGCCGCCCCUUCGUGGAGCGCGCCUUCGAGGCUUUCGGGCACCGCAGGCCGCAGGUGGUGGCGGAGCAGGGCGACCCGGACCCCGAGUUCCCCACCGUGGCCUUCCCGAACCCCGAGGAGGGGAAGGGCGCCCUGGCCCUGGCCUUCGACUUGGCGGCGGCCUCCGGCUGCGACCUCGUCCUCGCCAACGACCCCGACGCGGACCGCCUGGCGGCGGCGGAGCGCCAGCCCGGCGGCGCCUGGCAUGUCUUCACGGGCAACGAGCUCGGGGCGCUGCUGGGGCACUGGGCCUGGCGCUUGUGGCGCCAAAGUCACCCCGACCAGAGCCCGGACAAGGUGUGCAUGGUGGCUUCAACUGUGUCUUCGAAGUUCCUGGGCCGCGUGGCGGCCACAGAGGGCUUCCGCUUCGUGGAGACCUUGACGGGCUUCAAGUGGAUGGGCUCCAAAAGCGGCAGCCUCCGGGACCAAGGCUUCGAAGUCAUAUUCGCUUUCGAGGAGGCCAUUGGCUUCUGCGUCGGCGAUCUGGUGAAGGACAAGGACGGCAUCUCCGCGGCCGCGGUCUUCGUGGACAUGGCCCGCGCGCUGCGGGAGUCCAACAAGCGCUGCCUGCAGCACCUGGAGGCUCGAGAUCCUCGUCGGCCGAUGGGAGCCGCGAGUUCGGAGCGUGGGGUGGAGGCAUAA